UCUGCGUUCUUCUUCGCGGUGACUCUGAACGAGCCUCUUCGAAGUUCUGUCCUUGCAUUACAGCCAUGGCUUCCCACGAAUACGAUGAUGUGCGUGCCGGUUACGACGACCACCGACAGACACCAUCACAGUCUCAAGACCUGGGUUAUGAUCCGAAUUUCGUACCCGAUUCUGUGAAGUCAUUUGUUGUCCACCUCUAUCGCCACAUCCGAGAGAAAAAUGUGUACGAGAUCCAUCAGAUGUACGAGAACUCUUUCCAAACUCUCUCGGAGCGUCUCUUCAAGGAUACUCCGUGGCCCUCUGUGGAUGCUGUCGCUAACUACGUUGACAAUGAUCAUGUGUUUUGCCUCCUGUACCGCGAGAUGUGGUUUCGUCACCUCUAUGCUAGGCUCACGCCAACGCUUAAGCAGAGGAUAGAUUCCUGGGACAAUUAUUGCAGCCUCUUUCAGGUUGUGUUGCAUGGAGUUGUCAAUAUGCAGCUACCCAACCAGUGGUUGUGGGAUAUGGUGGAUGAAUUUGUUUACCAGUUUCAGAGCUUCUGUCAAUAUAGGGCCAAGAUGAAGAACAAAACCGAGCAGGAAAUUGCGAUUUUGAGGCAGUAUGAUCAGGCUUGGAACGUGUAUGGUGUCCUCAACUUCUUGCAAGCCCUUGUCGAGAAGUCCAUGAUUAUUCAGAUUCUUGAGCAAGAAAAAGAAGGCCUGGAACAGUUUACUGCUACUGAUGGGUAUGAUUACAACGGAGGGAGUAAUGUCUUAAAAGUUUUGGGGUAUUUCAGCAUGGUAGGAUUGCUGCGAGUUCAUUGUCUUUUGGGUGAUUAUCAUACAGGCCUCAAGUGCUUGCUUCCUAUUGAUAUUAGUCAACAAGGCGUUUACACCAGUGUUAUUGGAAGCCACAUUACCACCAUAUAUCAUUAUGGUUUUGCCAAUCUUAUGUUGCGGAGGUAUGUGGAAGCAAUUCGUGAAUUUAACAAAAUUCUCUUGUAUAUCUAUAAGACAAAACAGUAUCAUCAGAAAUCCACGCAGUAUGAACAGAUACUGAAGAAGAAUGAGCAAAUGUAUGCCUUGCUGGCUAUUUGCCUGUCACUCUGCCCCCAAAACAGGCUUAUUGAUGAGACUGUCAGCUCUCAGUUGCGGGAGAAGUACGGUGAAAAGAUGAUUAGAAUGCAAAGAUAUGACGAUGAGGCUUUUGCUAUCUAUGAUGAGCUCUUUUCGUAUGCAUGCCCCAAAUUCAUCACCCCAUCAGCACCUAGUUUUGAAGAGCCUCUAGUUAAUUAUAACCAGGAUGCCUACAGACUUCAGUUAAAACUGUUCCUUUAUGAAGUGAAACAGCAACAAUUGUUAUCAGGUGUUCGGACCUUCUUGAAGGUCUAUUCAACAAUCUCUCUUGCAAAACUUGCUAGCUACAUGGAAGUUGACGAAGCCAAUUUAAGGACCAUUUUGAUGACAUACAAGCAUAAAACUCAUGCCGUUGAUAGUGGUGGAAAAGUUAUAUCCAAUGCUGAUGUGGAUUUCUACAUUGAUGAUGAUAUGGUUCACGUUAUGGAGUCUAAGCCCCCCACGCGAUAUGGGGAUUACUUCUUGCGUCAGGUAGUCAAGCUUGAGGGCGUUAUCAACGAAAUAGACGGUAUAAAGCUGGAAUAAGCUGCAUGUGCCUUUUCGCCCUUCUAGGCGGUUUUCUCCCGGAGGUGUCAUAGCGUACUUUUUUUGCGGUGGGGGAUGAGAGUAGCUCUCUAAAUGUAAUACUAAUUUUUGCUUUACACAAUGGAGCAAUUAGUGCUUCUAACGGCGGAAAAGUCCCUAUUAGUCCUUCAAUUGUGUUAGCAGUUUAUUGUGCUUGAUGUUUUCUUAUCUGAACAAUGGUUUUCUCAUCCAGGGCCUUCACCACGAGUCCCCCAUACGAGAAUUUCCGAGGAAAAUGCAUUAAAGAAUUAUUUUCUAGGCCAA